CACAUGCCGAAUCCGAUCCAAUCAUGAACCCAUGUGAUAUUAAACUAAAUCUUUGAUGUAUCUCUCACCAAUAGAAAUGCCCAGCGUUGAAAUCCAUGAGCGAAUGAUGCCUAAAUCGUUCUUGAUUACCAGAUUUUAGAUCUGAAAAGUUAGGAUGAAUGGUGUUUGUUUACAUCACGAUGUUGUUGGACUGUUCAACAUUCGCUUCGUGCUGGUAAAUUCUAGUAAUGACACAUACCUGCUGUUUUCUGGUUCUCUUAUCCUUUGUCAAGCACUAGUGUACCUCCUUAUUCUGAAGGCCUAGCUGACGACACUGGGCAUUGCCGUCAUGGCUCCACGAAACAAGAGGGACAAGAAGAAGUCGGUUGCUAACGAGGUCAUAACUCGUGAAGUUACCAUCCACAUUCAUAAAUAUAUUCAUAGCGUAUCAUGUAAACGAAAAGCCCCUCGAGCCAUCAAGGAAAUCAGGAAGUUUGCGUUGAAGAUGAUGAAAACCCCAGACGUGAGAAUUGAUACAAGAUUGAAUAAAUAUAUCUGGAGUAAGGGAGUCAGGAGUGUACCUUUCCGAAUCCGAGUUCGAUUAGCAAGAAAACGUAAUGAAGAUGAAGAUUCUAUCCACAGACUUUAUACUCUAGUUAGUUACGUACCCUGUACAGAUUUCUCGGGUAAAGAAUCUAUCACUGUGGAAAGCGAUUAAAUAAAUAAAAAAAAAAUAAAACUUAAA